ACAAUUCAUCAUAUGUACCCGCAGCUAUAGGGGUCCUCGGAUGGGCAUCGGUGAGUCAAAGCCAAAAUAAUGUGUUCGUCAUUUUGUGUCCAAGUCAGCCUAUUUGCUUUACCGAUGGUAGCGCCACGAGCGGUAUCCAAGGGUCUCCACCAGGAAAUCUAGCCCCCGAUUUCCAAGUAACUGUCCCUGACGAGGGCCAGCAUUGGGUCUUUGCAGCGGAGCUACGGUGACUUACUUAUCUCGCAUAAUUGUGACAUCCCGCGUGGUUUACGUGUCUCUUUCUUUAUAUAAAGAGUCCUUGCAACUACAACAUCUCAGUCUCCAUCACCACCUACCACAUCUUUCUUUCCACAAUGGCCCCUGUCUCCGCCCCCGCUAAAGUUCUCGUCACUGGUGCAAACGGCUAUGUCGCCGUUUGGGUUACGAAGGCUCUCCUUGAAAGUGGCUACUCUGUCCGUGGAACUGUUCGUUCUGCGAGCAAGGGAGAGCAUCUCAAGAAGCUCUUUGCGUCAUAUGGCGAUAAAUUAGAGCUUGUCGUCGUCGCAGAUAUCACGAAGGAGGGUGCUUUCGACGAAGCUGUUAAGGGUGUUGACCUCGUCGAGCAUACCGCGUCUCCUUUCCAUCUCAAAUCGAAAACCCCUGACGAGGUCAUCGUCCCCGCAUUGAAGGGGACAGUCAGCGUCUUGGAAUCUAUCAAAAAAUACGGCACAUCUGUGAAGCGAGUGAUUGUUACCGCUUCCGUCGCUAGCAUCCUGCAGGUCCCCCUUUUGCCGAACGUCUUCGAUGAGUCUUCAUGGAACGAGCCGUCUAUCAAGAACUGCAACGAGCUUGGUGACAAUGCCAAUCCUAUGGACAUGUACUGCGCUUCUAAGACGUUAGCGGAGAAGGCUGCAUGGGAUUUCGUGGAGAAGAACAAGGGUAGCAUCAGCUGGGAUUUGGUUGUUCUGAACCCUCCAUAUGUCUAUGGUGCUACAAUCCAAGAGGUCGCUGAUACAUCAUCCAUCAACACUUCGAUGCAAGAAUUCUACGAUCGCGUUAUCUUGGGUAAUAUGGACGACGACGGCUUGGCUACCAAUGGAAAUGCGUGUGUCGACAUCAGGGAUCUGGCCAAGGCUCAUGUAUUGGCCGCACAGAAGGCGGAGGCUGGCGGUGAGAGGAUCAUCAUCAGCUCAGCGCCUUACUACUGGCAAGAAUUUGUCGAUAUCUCCAACGCUGUUGCUCCCACUUUGAAGCUUCACAAGGGUAACCCGGGCUCGACCAAGGGUAAACCAUACCCAUGUGAUUUCAAGAACUCGAAGUCAGCCCGCAUCCUGGGCUUGAAAUACAUCCCGAAAGAAGAUAUGAUUCGGGACGUUCUUAUCGAUUUCAAGCAGAGGGGAUGGGCACAGCAGAUUUAAUCACGCCAUAUAAUGUAACCACAUACCCAUAGAUCUAGAUGUGAUGUUUUGUUUAGAAGUUUAUGCUUGUUCGAUGACUUUGAAUUGUGACUUAUAACGAUCAGUCGACUCCGACUGGUGCCGCU